AUGUCGUUUGGGGGUCAGUUUGAAGACGCCACUGAAGUGGAGCGUCAGCUCCAGGAGGAGUUGCGGAGACGUCAACAAGCGCUCGGGGUUGCCGGAGCCCAGCAAUCUGCGGCCUUUUCCGCCCUGGCUCGUGCUCGUGCUUCGGACUACGCGCACUUGGGGAUAUUAGGAGACUCCGCGACCUCGCAGUUCUACCAGCGUCCCCCUCAUUCUCCUUACGGACAUGCUCCGAAUGCGUACGCCGGUCUACCCCUACAGUAUGGUGCGGAUCAAGGUGCGCAAGGAUCUCUCGCUCGAUUCUACGAAGAGCAACGUCGCCAGCAGCAAGUAGCUCAGCAAGCAGUGCAAGCUAAUUACGCGGCACAGUACGGACAGUCGGGAAUUGCUGAUCCUCGUGCGUAUGCUGCUCCGUACGGAAUGCCGCCUGCGGCAACGGCGCCUUCACCGUACACUCAAGAAAUGUUGAAUUCGCAAGCUGCGCAAACGCAGAGCGCCACGCCCUCUCAGGAUCCGUACCUGCAACAGUACAUUCGCGACCGUGACGCAGCAGUUCAUCCAAGCCAGAUCGUUCCUACGCCCUCCGGAUCCAUGCCGUCGCCGUCGAUUGACGCCUCGACACCCUUGGCCAAGUCUCCACCGACCGUCCCCUCCUCGCGGACACCCACGAAGACUCCGGCCCCGCGCAAACCCCGUUCCACACCCACCAAGUCCAAGAAAAUGUCUGCUUUUAAGGAAAUGAAGGCGUCUCGGCUGAAUCGCGUUAUAGAUGGAUCCAUUAUUAAAGACGCCGAAGGAAACGCCACAUGGUACACGGGAUGUGUGCCAUUGGGCUUGGAAGACGACAAGUACUGGCUAUCAGAGCUUCAAGUUUACUUGAGAGCUAAUUUUGCGGAGGCAUUCGGGGCCACGGAAGAGGACAUUGCCGCUCCAAUGCAUGGGCGCAACAAGCCGAUUGCCUUGGGACAGGUUGGCAUUCGCUGUAUGCAUUGCAAAAGCGACAAUCCUGCUGAGCGCGGACAGCAGGCCACUUCUUAUCCGAGCUUGAUUAGCGGCAUCUACAAUUCGGUCCAGCAAAUGCUGCGACUUCAUCUUGACUGCUGCUUGGCCAUGCCGACGGACGUGCGUCAUAAAAUUGAAGCCCUCAAGGUUUCGUGCAGCAGCCGCGGUGGCCGAAAACAGUACUGGAUCGAUUCAGCCAAGCGUUUGGGAUUGGUCGAUACUCCUCACGGUAUUCACUUUGGCCGCGACCCUCUCGGACCGUUGCCUCCGCUCACCGGUCCCUCGGUAAAUUCCAAAGAAGGCCGGAAGAAGAAGAUGGAAAAAUGCAUUCGUGAACGAGACGAAGCCAAGGUUGCUGCAGGCGAGGAUGUCCCCAAACCAGUUCCACCGGUGGAUACCCGUCCGUUGGUUUUCCCGGAGGACAAACCUCUAAUCUCUGAUUACCUUUACUUGACCCUGGAACAGAUGGCUCCAUGUCUCCUGAUGGAAGCCGACCGUGUUGGAUGCUACAAGACACGGAAAGUUGGAUUUCCGGGAUUAGCUUGUAAGCAUUGUGUUGGCCAAGCUGGUUGCGGUCGCUACUUCCCCGCUUCCGAAGCAUCCUUGUCGCAGACGACUACUUCUCAGACGAUUAUGAACCACGUGCGCAAUUGUCGUCGCUGCCCUAUCGAAAUUCGUGAGAACUUGGAAAUCAUGAAGCGAAACCGCAUGGGAUCUGCGGAUCGCAAGCGCCCAAAUAGUAAGCCCAAGCACGGCGGUCGCAAAGUUUUCUUCCACCGGCUGUGGUGCCGCAUCCAGGAUAUUCCGUUCGAGGUGGGCAAGGCGGAAACCAAGGAAAGCAAAAAGAGGUCUUCGAGUAAAACGGGCUCGGCUCUGAAGAAAAAGAAGAGAAACAGUAAGAGCACGUCAGACUCGGACGAUUCUGAGGAGGAUAAUUCGGAGAGCGAAGAGGAAACUGCCACGGAAAGUGAAGAAAGUUUGGACGAUGAGCAAUCAAAAAAGCCCAAGGCCAAACAAAAGUCGGGACCUUCCACGUCAAGUAAAAAGAAGGCUAUCGCGCCAUGGCAUCACGGCUGCGUUCGUCUCACCAAGUCGGAUGACCCACACUGGCUGUCUGAAAUGGAAUGUUUUGCGCGCAGUGAUCUUGUUGAGAUCUUCAGCCUUAAAAAGAAAGAUUCUCUGGAUGGAUACAGCGGGCGGAAGGAACCAGCGCUAGGACAGAUCGGCAUUCGCUGUAUUUUCUGCAAGAUCCUUGAUCCGUCGGAACGUCCGAACGGCUACAUGUGCUUUCCCGACAGUAUGUCUUCUAUUCCAAACAAGGUGGCAGAUCUGAUUCGUCUCCAUUUUCCCACGUGCCCUUCGAUGCCGGCAGAUCACAAGGAAACAUUCAAAGCAUUCCGAGGCUAUGAUUCAAAGGUUGCUAACGAUGACUCUCAGCAAUAUUGGGUCGACUCGGCCCGUGACAUCGGUGUUUCGAACACCCCGGCCGCAUCCGGACAUGGCGCGUGGGGUGUUACUUUCCGACGUGAUCCUCUCCAGCCCAGUCCUGCUGACGAAUUAGAUCUGGAACUUGCCAACAACGAAUCCGGAUCUUGGGGUAUGAAUUAUCUAGUGAACCCCUCGGAUCGCGGUCUUUGUACGGAUCAAGUGCUUCUGUUGUUGCGACAAGUGCGUCCAUGUCGUUUUAAGAAGAGCGACCGCCGCGCAGGACCGGGAUCUCGGGGUCGCGAUAGAUCAAUGGGUUUCCCUGGUCUCGCCUGUAUGCAUUGCGCGAACAAGAAUACACUUGGUCGGUACUUUCCGGUUACCUCGAAGAAUCUGACCGACAAUACAGUGAACUCGUUGCAGUCCCAUGCAUCAUCUUGCUCCAGGUGUCCCGAACCGAUCAAGGCCUCGCUCGCAUAUUUAAGCCACCGCAGCAUUCUUCAAAAAGCUGAACUGAGCGGAAGCUGGAAGCGAACCUACUUCAAGAAGGUUUGGGAGCGCCUUCACGUUGACCGUGCCUGGACCCCGAUCGAUGAUGAACUGGAUGAUGAUGAAGACGACGAGUCUUCCGUCGAGGAGCAAGAGGAGAAUGAUCAGGAUAGUAGCGAGGACGAAGAAAACGAAGACGGCGACGAAGGAAGCGCGAGUGAAAAGGAAGAAAGUGGUGGUCAAAUGAGUGCUUUGAUCCAAGCUGCAGCUAUUUGGUUAACGGAGCAGGACCAGACAACCGAUUCAUCAAAAUUGCGUGCCACGAAAGGCCGUACCCUUCCAGGAAAGAGAUCCGGUGGUCCUUCAUCCUCCGGAUCAAAAGGCGGUCGCGGAGCGACUAGCUUGCCGACGAAAAGACGCAGGGUCCAUUCGUAA